AUGAGGAAGAGAAGGGGUAGGAUAAGGAAGAGGAGAAGGAUGAGGAGAAGAAAGAGGAUGAGAAGAAGGAAGAUAAGGAGGAUGAGAAGGAGGAAGAUAAAGAGGAGAAAGAGGAGGAAAAUAAGGAGGAAAAGGAAGAUCAGAAAGAGGACGGAGAGGAGAAGGAGGAAGAAAGGGAGGAGGAUGAAGAAGGAAGAAGAGAAGGAUGAUGAGGAGACGGACAAGGAGGAAGAGAAGGAGAAGAAGGAGGAGGAGCAGGAGAAGGAAGAUAAGGAGGAGAAAGAGAAGGAUGAUGAGAAGGGGGAGGAUAAGGAAGAGGAAGAGGAGGAUAAGGAGAAUGAAGAUAAGGAGGAGGAAUAG